UCCAUUGAUAACAGCUGUAAUUUUGCGAUUUCUGGUUUUUAUCAAUUUAAGGUGAUUAUUAAAAGUGAAAGCUAUGGAAGAUAGCGCAAGAACGCAAAAAGUAAUCUCCCAAGCAGCACAAUGGAGUUUCGAAGGAGAUUGUUCGCUGCUCGCUUGGAUGCAGGAUCUUUCACAGGUAAUAGAACAAAGAGCAUCUGCCACAAGCGAUGCACUGCAGCAACUUGCUGUAAAUGUAAAUAGAACGGCAAUAGCCUUGGACAAUUCGGCCAAUAGUUUGACGGCUUUGCAGUAUACACAGUUCGUAGAGAGUCGCUGCCAUGACGAUGACGAAACCCUUACAAAUACAGCUGACACUCAUGUGAAAGUCUUGAGCACGUCCACCGACCAACCGAAGUCCACCAACGAAGUGCUGGAAACUUUUCUGCAAAAAAAUUUGCAAAUGCUCAACAAUUGUCAUGAGAAGUACUCUUUAGAUUUUGAAGACUCUGAUGAGGACGAAUCCGUCACAACGAACAACUGCAUUUAUCAACCAAAAAAUCCUUACAAUGACGCAUUAUUGCCGCAUAUUUAUGGUAGCAAACUAUGGAAAGAGCAUUGGCAUGUAGGCCUGUGUGAUGGCUCCAACGAAUAUUCGGGCGAUGAAGCAUCUGAUGCAUUCUCCGAAUCCUCCAGGUCAUCAACUGCUGAUAACGAGUCAUACGAGAGUAAUACAGCGAAUCUCUCAGAAUGGGCUUCAAGUACCUCCAUACCAAUUGAACAUAAACACCCUCAGGUGGUAGCUCAAAAUGUACCUACAAUAACAACUACUCCACCGCAAAACCGGCGCAUACCCAUUACACAACACAUUCCAAGCAACGAUGAUAGUGACACUUGUUCUACAACGUCUCGAAGUACUGCAAACAAUCCACAAUCGCGUCAAAGAGGUGAACAUGAUUUGUUUACUGCUGCCUUGCGGCAUGAUACACCAGUUACAAGCACAUCUGCGUCUUCAUCACCACAACAACAGCAAUAUGCUCCUUCUACGUUGAGAAAUCAACGUAAUGUGGUGCAGCUUCCGUCGGUGUUGCCACCUUUCUUCGACGCUACUCCCCCUACUGACAUUUUCGAUGAAGCAGCAUCAACGAAACAAAGCAGCAAUCGCACAAGCGAUACAAUACCACAAAAAUCAGCCGACGUUCAUGGUAAAGUGAAGCCUGUAAACUUGUUCGACGAUGAUGAUUUCAAUUCCUUUAUGACGGAUGUCGUAGAGAAGCCACAAAUUAACGCUGUUCAACCAGCGCAAAUACCAGUGCCAGCGACUAGAAAUCUGCCAACGAAAAAAGAAACUGGUGCAACAGCAAAACAAGUACCUAUAGCAACAGCCUUAGAUAUGUUUACCGACACGUUGAAUAUUCAAAAGCCAGUAGAAAGCCAACCAACGGGCCGGAUGAAUAUUGAAAAUGCAACGGGAGUUAAACAGCGAAAGCCAGUGAAUCUUUUCGUUAGCCCUGAAAACAGUCCGCCCAAUGAUUCGCUCUUCUCUUCAGCUAUUAUCAAUGAAAAGAAGGGGGCUGAUGUCGUGCAAAAAGCAACUAAGCCAAAUAUAUCUGCAAAAUUGUUGUUUGAUGACGAUGAGGACGAUGAUGACUUUUUAAAUGUUUUUGGUUCGAAAAAAUUAAGCUUGCCACAGAGUAGCGCAGGUAGAACUCUACUUUUCGACGAUGAUAGUGGCGAAAAAACGCCGAGUACUAUGCAGUCUUCAAGAUUAGCAAGUGAUCUAUUUGCCUAUACACAACCUGCAGAUAAGGAAGCAUCCUCUAUUUCAACACUUCAAAGGCAGGAAACAAACAAAUCGACGGCUAGUGGCGGAAUAAAAGAAAAUGCGAAUAGCGUAGGCAAACAAAAAGAUUCGACGGCACUAUCUAAAGUUGACCUAUUUGCUGAUUUUGAGGAUGAAAGUGCAACACUGACGUCGUCCAAAGUGGGAGUGAAACCGCAGACAUUAGAAUCGAAUGCAGUUAAACCAAAUAAUAUUAACUUUGGGAAUGAUCUCUUUGGUGAUGAAGACAAUGACGAUUUAGAUGAUUUAUUCAAGAAGAAAUCCAGAAAUCAACAAUCAACUAAAACGAUUAGGGAUAGACCUUUAGAAAAAGAUCCCAACAUCGCAGAACCUACAAAAUUGAAUUCUAAAGAGAAUAUAAAGCAAACAGAAUCAUUGUUUGAAAAUGAGGAUGAUUUAUUUAGCAAUCCUUUUGCGCAAGAAGAUUUAAAAGGUUCAAAUGGCAUCGCUUCUAACAGUGCGACAAAAAUAGUAGAUCCCCCUCAAAUAGACCUACCAAGUAACAAUCUACAAAACACAACUGUGCCUACACAAAACGUAUUUAAAAGCGCAACACUAUUCGCUGGUGAUUUCGAUGAUGAAUCCGACGAUUUAUUCGGCGGGAAGCCAAAUACGAAAUCAGUACGUAAUGAAAACAUAGAAGAAGGUGUCCUGACUUCAUUGCGGCAGCAAAGAGAAAGCAAAUCGCCGUUGCAUGCAGCAAGAACAGCAUGUAAUCUGAAAUCCGUAGAAGAUUUGAAUCAACAAAGAUCUAUUUUUGAAGAUGUUAUGGAAAAUGAGGAGUCCGAUUUAUUUAAAAUUGAUAAAGAAAUCACCAAAGACACGAUUGAGGAAAAAUCUGACCCUAUGAGGUCUAAUUAUUCUGCGUCCACUGCCGAAGAACCAGAAAGCGCUUUAUUUGUUGAAACAGGUGCUACAGUUCCUAAACAACAAACUAUCGCAGCUGUUUAUGGAAAUGCAAGUAAUACAGUUGUGACGGUGAAGCAAAUAUCAAAGGAGGAAUAUUUAACAGGGAAAAUGAGACAGGAGUCUGAGGACAAAUUUGCUGGUGGCCAAAAUACUAAAACAAGCAGGUCAUCAAGCGUUGCAGAAUCUACAAAACAUGAAGGUAACAGCUCUGUCGCCGAGGUGGCAAGAAAUCGGUUAGAACUCGAAUCUGAUUUAGCAUCGUCCGAAGAAAUUAUUACAUCAGAGUCCAUGCUGCAGCCAGCACAGCAAUCAGCAAAUGCUGCAGCUGACUUAGGAGUGCAACCUUUGCUAUCGACACGGGCCGAUGCAAAGAAUCAUGAAUAUCCUAGCAUUUUUCUUGACGAACCGCCUGAUGAUGAUGACUUUUUCACAACGCUCAGCAGUAGUACGCACCCUUUAUCUGUCUCAAAAUUAACACUGGACUUAGAAAGCGAUUUCUAUGAACCUGCUUUACCCGCCACGCCAAAUGCAGCACUAACAGUAUCUUCUAAGGCUACAAAUCAAACUCAAAAAGACGUGAAUAACAAACAACAACCAAGCAGCAGCGAUUACGGAGGUUUACGUUUGUUUUGUGAAAUUCCGCCAGACGAUGAUGGCGACGAUUUUAGCUUCGCUGUAUCCACGCGAUACUCAGCUGAAAAUUCUGUAGCCAGCCAACGUUUGCAUAGCGUUUUCUAUGAUGAUUUUUCCGAGACUUUGGAGGCAGUGCAGCAAAUAAAGGAAAAGCAAACGACAACGCCUGCGCUUUUCCAUGAUGAACCACCAACGGAUGAAGACCAUUUCGAUAUAAUGAGAAAAAUUGGUCAGAUAGAGCCUCAAGCGAAUAACGUAGAAGAAGAGAGAAGUUUCCUGGAUUCAACGAAGCAAAUAUCAUCCGCAAGAAAUGAUAGUUUCAAGAGUGAAAAGGAAAAGAAUGGAACACAAUCGUUAGCAAACGCCUCUAUGCCUUCAAACGAUGUAACUGAUCAGGCAGUACAAAAGGAAGAUUCAGAAAAUUUGUCCACAGCUGGUAAAAUGCGGAGCCCUGCAGGCAAAUUGCAAAUACCAAAUAUAAAAAUAAAUGUGCAGGCACUUUUGCCUGGUGGGGGUGGCAUGCAAAGCUUCAAAAAGUCGCCCACUACUGGAGAGGUGGCCAAAGCCAUGGAAACACCAACUACAAUUCCAGAAUCACUAGCUGAGGCGAGCAAAGAACUUCCGCGCGCUUCUUCCCCUCUUCCAACUACUUCCGCUGAGCCAGCGGCGAAUGAAAAUAUAUUGCCAAGUGUUUGCAAGACUCGUGUCCGUGCGCCAGUCGGCAGGCGACCAUCAACACGUAGAGCGCGUCAAGAAAAUUAUCGCCAAUCUCUGCUUGCCGAGCAAGCAGACCUCAAAGACGAUGAUGGUGCUUUAGCGCAAACAAACGCGCCCAGCAGCAGCCUACAACAUCAGGCAAAAGAAAAAGCUAUUGCAAGCUCUACACAAACACUAUCCAGCCAACCAAAAACUGAUCAAAUUACAGUGCCUAGUACAUUCCAGAAGCCGAGCGGUGGCGUCUUUAAAACACCGCACGCAAAUUUACUCGAGGAGGAUGACAGCCAAAACAAUUUGCUUUUUCGCUCUGCAUCAAGCAAUAAACCAGCAUACAUUUCGGAUAUCAACACACCAAAUCUCUUAAUGCAACGAAAAUCUACCGAACAGGCAGUUGUGCCUGUGUCACGCCCAGUUCAAGCAGCCGCCAGAAAUCAAGCAACGUAUGCAAAAGGUUUCACCGUCAACAGCGAUGAUGAAUCAGAUGAUCUAUUUAAGGGCACUAAACCCAUUACCGCAGCAUCUCAGUUUAAUACUGCUGACAAUGGCAAAAGUAUAACAACAAAACCGAGUAACAUAACUGCAAUAACGAACGCCACGAAAUCUCUUUUUGACACACCUCCAAAUGAGGAUUCCGAUGAAGAUCUCUUCAAAGGCAGUAAAUCAGCAGCCAAAGCAAAAACAACACAAACAACGAAAUCUUUAACAGCAACAACAACAACAACGGCAGUAACCAAUGUUAUUGCUCGACCUAAAGCAACAACUGCUAGUGUAGUGGGCGGCAAAUUGGACUCGAUUUUCGGUAGCGAUGAUGAAGACGAUGACUUUUUGUCAAAUCUGAAGAGCAAAAAGAAACCCAUGCCAACAAUGCUAAAAGCUGCAAGCGCAGGUAGCGCAGUGAAGCCGGCAACGCAGAGCGGUGGCGGCCUGUUUAGUGAUAUGGAAAGUGAUGAGGAUGACCUGUUUGGUGGUGGCAAGAGUAAAACAAAACAAGAUGCCAUUAAAACCAAGAAGGUAGCUUAUGCCACAAAAACACACUUAGCGAAUGCAGCAACGUCUGAAAAUCCAGCGAGUUUAGCUGAUAAUCCGUUAGCAGAUUUGUUAAACCCUUAAGAUAUACAGAGAUGAAUAUAAUGAAAUCCCAGUAACCCACACUUAAAAACACCAACCACAAAAGUGCAUUAAACUUGGAAAAAAACAAUUAUUUUUCAAGUUGUAUUUAAUUAGCGAAAACAAAGUUAAACACUUUUAAUGAAUUUUCUAUGAACCAAUUUGAGUUUUUAAUUUUAUUUUGUAGUAUAUUAAAUUCGUACACUCGAACAAUUUGUUUCUUUACAUACCAUUCAUACGCGUAUACACAAUAUUGAGUAAAAAUAAUUCUCAUCCAUUGUAUAGAGUAUUAAAAUUUACAUUUAUUAUUAUUGUAUUAAAUUAGCAAAUAAAAUGCAUUAAAUUGAAAUAAAGUGAAAUAAAAAAAAACUACGAUAAUUAUAAAAUUUUAAUUUAGUGUUAGUAAAUGUAUAGCGCAGAAUCAUGGAAGGUGUCGAACAAAGAAGAGAUGACUUUCGAAAGAACAAUUCUGCCGCUGUUCGAGAGGAACCAGUCUGCACUUGGAUUGAAAAAAGAAAACGGAGAGAGACAAAUAGCGAAACCGACAAAGGGGAGUGUAGACUUAAUUUUUUAUGAAUUUAUUUGCAGCUUUAUUGUAAUUUUUUAA